AUGCCAUUUUAUGAUUCAUCAGAUGAUUAUGAACCAUCAUAUAAGAAUAAAUUAUUGGUUUCAGCUAGAGAUAGAAAUGAAUUUGGGCGACAAUAUUUCUAUGGAAAUCGUGACGAAUACGUAUCAAGUGCCUCGAAAGUUACGUAUGAGAAAUAUGGUGUUUGCACAAAAAAUGAGAUUUCAAUUGGACUAAAAAACGAAUUUAUGCAAAAAGACACCUAUAAAGAUUUUAGUGGAAAAAGUAGUAUUACUUUUGAAUCUCAAUCUGAUGCAAAACUUACAUAUCAACAACCAUUUAACUUUACUUCGUAUGAACCUAAGAGUUUAUCUGGGAUAGUUGAAUCAGGUUGCGUAUUGUAUAAAGGGCUUGAUGAUGUCUAUGCAAGUCCUAAAUUUGAAGCAACUACGAAAAGUAAGCUCGAAUGUGAAGAUACGGACGGUACCACUUCCAAAAUUGAAUACGGUGGUUCACGCGAGCUCGGAAUUUAUGAACAAAAAUUCAUGGCAAAUGCUGAAUCAUCAAUUCAACAGGAUGACGUCACUCUAUUUAAAACUGAAGCUUCAUUAGGGGCAAAAACGGGAAUGACUGGUGACAAUUUUGAUGCAAAACUCGGUAGUACGUUAUUUAGUGCUUGUGAUGAAAAUGAAGGUUUGGAUUUUAAACUCGUAAAUACAUCAGCAGAGGCUAAAUUUGGAAUAGAUGAAAAUGGUAUCGAAGAAAUGAUUAAAUUAGGCAUUUCAGUCAAUAAAAAUGGCAUAGAAGGUAAAUUUGAAGGUUUCGGGGUAAAGUUGGGAAAAGAAAUUGGUAUAAGUACACCUUUCGCAGAAGUGUCAGUUGAUCUAGGAAAGUU